AUGGCGGCGGCGGGCCGGGCGCAGCGGCAGGACCGGGCGCGCUUCGUCUACGUGAACCGCUUCGGCUCCCACCAGUGUGGCGGCAUUUUGCAGCUAGGCGGCCACCGGGCUCGGAGCCCUUGGUGCCCAGGGUUCAGGGUCCGCCGCGGCCAGGAGGAGCCGCCGGAAGCGGCGGCGGCGGCGACGGGAGUCCCGGGCUCCGGCGAGCUGCCCCCCAGCUCCCGGGCGGGGGUCCCAGCGGCCCCCGGCGCCGCGGCUGCGGCCUCCGCCUCCUCCCGGCGGCGGGCGUCGAGCGCGCGGAGCGGUCCCGGGCCGGCGGCGCGUGCAGGUUUAAUCCAGAAGGAUGCAGCUAAAAAGUUUGAUUUUCCCAUACCAUUGAAUGAAGCUUCCAAAACAAUGAAAAAAAAGAAAAAGGUUUCAGUAUGGAAUAGAGUAUACAAAGUCAUUUCUAGAAUGCUUGAAGAAAAUGAAAAAUAUAGACUCAGGCUGAAAUGCCAAAGAUUAUCUAGUGAAAGCUCCAGUUAUACAAGAUGAAUCUUCUUAUCAUCU